GACAGUCAGUAGAGGCUGUGUAUAGCGGGGAGGUCAUUGGAAAGUGAGGCUUCAUUCCUCCGCAUUUCAGUUCAGAAACCCGGAGCCCGGCGGCUGCAUGCGGAGCCCCGCUGCCUGAUAACCGACCGCCUCUCCUGGACCCACAUUCUGCUUCUCAGCGGCCGACAUGCUGCGCUUAGUGCUGCGCUUUAGACCGUGUGUCCGGUCCGCUCGGCCCGCCGUGCUGCCGGGCCCCGCGCCGGUACCCGGUCACCUCCGGCGGCUCCACAGCCACCGCAGCACGGGCCGCUCCGCUCAGGCAGCUUACAGCGGCGGCGUCCUCCGCGGCUCAACCCGGGUCUUACAGCAGCAGCAGACCGCCGCCCUCAGCCGGAGCAGCGCGCUGUACAGCCUGCCGCCCCACCAGAAGGUGGAACUCCCUGCUUUAUCUCCCACAAUGCAGUUGGGCACCAUUGCUCGCUGGGAGAAGAAGGAGGGUGAUAAGAUCAAUGAGGGAGACCUGAUCGCUGAGGUGGAGACGGACAAGGCCACAGUAGGAUUUGAGAUGCUGGAGGAGUGCUAUCUAGCGAAAAUCUUGGUGUCGGAGGGAACGAGAGACGUGCCCAUCGGAGCAGUUAUUUGUAUUACAGUUGACAAACCUGAACUCAUCUCUGCGUUUAAAGACUUCACUCUGGAAAAGCUGGCCGCGUUAGCUCCUGCAGCAGCCGCAUCAGCCCCCCCUCCUCCAGCUGCACCUGCUGCUGCUGCUGCCCCCCCUCCUCCUCAGGCUCCAGGCAGCUCCUAUCCAUCACAUAUGAAGAUUCUGCUACCAGCUCUUUCCCCGACUAUGACGAUGGGCACUGUACAGCGCUGGGAAAAGAAAGUGGGGGAAAAAUUGAACGAGGGUGACCUGCUGGCUGAAAUUGAGACGGAUAAGGCCACAAUUGGUUUUGAGGUGCAGGAGGAAGGCUACCUGGCUAAGAUCAUGAUUUCUGAGGGAACCAGGGAUGUCCCUCUGGGCACACCACUCUGUAUCAUGGUAGAGAAAGAGUCUGAUAUUCAAGCAUUCGCAGACUAUGUGGAGACAGGUGUGGCUGCUGCUCCACCUCCAGCUCCAACACCGGUGGCGGCCCCUCCUCCUGCAGCUGCUCCUGUGGCCCCUGCAGCUGCUGCUGCUGCUCCGGCUGCUGCGGCUCGGAAGGGACGGGUGUUUGCCAGCCCUCUGGCCAAGAAACUGGCUUCUGAGAAGGGCAUCGACCUUGCACAGGUUGCUGGCACCGGACCAGAUGGACGUAUAACCAAGAAAGACAUCGAGAACUUUGUUCCAGCGAAAGCUGCUCCUCCUCUAGCAGCUGCUCCAGCAGCGCCCACACCCCGUGCAGCAGCUCCCGCUGCGGCUGCUGUUCCCACUGGCACCUUUACUGACAUCCCAAUCAGUAAUAUCCGCAGAGUGAUUGCCCAGAGGCUGAUGCAGUCCAAGCAGACUAUUCCUCACUACUAUCUGUCUGUGGACAUCAAUAUGGACCAAGUUCUGGACCUCAGAAAAGAACUGAAUGAGGAGGUAAAAGCAGACAACAUCAAACUCUCGGUCAAUGACUUCAUCGUCAAAGCCUCAGCACUGGCAUGUUUAAAGGUGCCAGAGGCCAACUCCUCCUGGAUGGACACAGUCAUCCGACAAAAUCACGUGGUGGAUGUUAGUAUUGCAGUCAGCACCCCCAACGGUUUGAUCACUCCUAUUGUUUUCAAUGCUCACAUCAAGGGCCUAGCAGCUAUAAGCAAAGAUACCGCCAUGCUAGCUGCUAAAGCACGCGAGGGCAAGUUGCAGCCACAUGAAUUUCAGGGUGGUACUUUCACAGUCUCCAAUCUGGGCAUGUACGGCAUCAAGAACUUCUCAGCCAUCAUCAAUCCUCCUCAAGCAUGCAUCUUGGCAGUGGGAGGCUCUGAGAAGAGGCUGCUGCCUGCAGACAAUGAGAGAGGGUUUGAUGUAUCCAAUGUGAUGUCCGUUACUCUUAGCUGUGAUCACCGGGUGGUGGACGGAGCAGUAGGGGCUCAGUGGCUGGCCGAGUUCCGCAAGUUCCUGGAGAAACCCAUGAAUAUGCUGCUUUGAGCGGGGGGCUGGCCCUGCCCCUCAGCUGACCAUAUACCAGGACUUUCAGAUAGCUUAAAGGAGGAGGUCUCUUUCAGAUGUUAUGCAGACAGAAUUAUAACUGGCUCUUUUCUCCCCCUCUUGGUUUCACACUUAUCUUUCACUUCCCGUGGGUACUGUAAUUCCACAGCUUUAACACGACAGGUCCAGAGUAGUGCUUUACUGUCUAGGUCAAUUUGUAGAGUCGACAGUAGAUGGAAAUGUUGAAUGAGGAAAUGUUUUUUGUUUUCUGCCAGGGAGCUUUUAAAAGCACCACAAGUUGUGAUUCCUCUUCCUUCUAGGGGUUGAAAACAGUCUAAAUUCAGCUGUUUUCUUCACCAGGCUUUUACCCCAUGCUGUGGUCUCUCUAAGCCUCACUUAACUGGUACAUUUGGAGACAAAGUGACAAAAUGAACUGAUAUUGAAACGCUCCGGUGCCAAAGGAACCUAUCACCUGUAUGUCUCUAUCUGGUUAAAGGUUUUCCUAUGGUUACUAAGACCUUUUUACAAUUCUGAAAUGUUGUUUCAUGCUUCCUGAGUUGUACAUACAUGUAGUGGUUUCAUCUCUGGUCUAUAUGGCAACCCUAUCUGAACGCUGAACUCUGCGUUUAUUUAUUACAUCUGUCACUCCAGACAAAGCACGUUAGUGCCUUUGUUCUGUGUUCUUAUUUCUUACAAAUGUUUUUUUUUUUUUUUAAUAUGGCAAUAUUUUCAGACCUAUAUUUCUGUACUGAAUACGCACAAACACGCAGAGCUGGGCAAACUGCUUCUUAAAUAAACAAAAUCAGAUCCUCAGAUUGAACUGAAAUGAUGGUCUGCAUAUUAAUAAGUAUCUCUUCUCAGAGGAGAGAGAGAGAGAACACUGGGUUCAGGGCGCCAGGAAGUGUUGGCAAAUCAAUAUCUAUGGUUACAGCUAAAGGCAAAGGGAAGUCAAGAUGUAUGGUUUUAUUUUAGUUAAUAAGGUGAACAAAAACAUAACACAAUGAUGAGGGACAGAAAAUAGACAGAAAAUAAAUGUUCUCAUACAUUUUAAAACCUCCAAAGUUUAUAUAUUUAUCUGAGUUUUGCUGGGAGAUCUAACAUUUUUGGGGUUAUCAUAUGGGUUUUACUUUUAAAUACCUCUAAAUAUUAGGACAUACUGAUGCCUCUUGUGUUUAUAAUGCUGUCCCUGUGGACAAGUCUACGAUUUAUCCGAAGAUCACACUACAGAGUGUCCAUUACUGGUAACUCCAGAGUUUGUUCAAUAUGUUCAUUUGAAUGAGAAAAUACAACCAGUAAUAAACCCCUUUACCUAAUGUUUGCACCUUU